AUGAGCUACUGCAGACAGAUUGAGGUAGAUCUUGCUGAAAUCAAGCAAGCAUUAUGUGAACUUCAAAGGCAAUUCAGCAAUCAAUUUGCGUCAGCAGUCAGUGCAGAAAAUCUAACUACAAUGCAAAAAAGCAUUAUUGAGCAGAGUUCUCUUGAGCACAUUGCCGGGUCUGUGAAAAGAGGCCAGCUCACAGAGUAUCCUGAUCAGCUUGGCCACAUGGUAAAGCAUGAUAUCAUUCACCAAGAUUAUCCUGCUGCUCAAAAAGAAUGGAAGAAUAUCUCAGAGAAAAACAGGGAAUAUUAUAUGAUGCAUUUGGAGAGAAGCUUUCUUCAAGAAAGCUUCGAGAGCAACAACCAGACAUACAAAAGAAGAAUGGCAGAGAAAAACAAAACAUGGCAAGGCAUAAGUGAUUCUUUGCUUUCUUCUCCUGAUAUGUCAGAAACUGAUGAUGUUGAGUUGCCUAUAAUGGCAGAUGUGUUGUCUCCUCCACCUAUGGCAAGUGUUGAGCCUGCUCGCAAGAGAAGCUGA